AUGCAUGAGCUCAAGAACGAGCUCCAGACCAGAGUCGACGGAGACUUCCAGCGCUCACUUGACCAGUGUCUCAUCCAGGAGCUUUUCGAGAAGCUCACGGGUGACAUCAAGGUCAGGAUCUACUACGAGCUCAGAGAGGAUCUCAUGCGCAUUCUGAAGCGCGACAUCACGUUCAAGCUCGAGCAGGACAUCAAGCAAGAGCUGAGGCUUGAGAUGGGCAGCUCAUUUGCGACCAAGGCUGAAGAGUCCAUGCGAUCUGCUAUCCAAGCUGCUAUUCCCAUCAUUCAGGACUGCGUCAUUCGCCACUUGAAGAACUCUAUUGGCUGCGAAGUCAAAGGGUUAUUAGAAGACAUUGAAGGAGCUGUCGAGGAACAAGAGAAAGUCCUCGACGACUUGGCGAAAACCCUGGAGGAUAAGCCCAAGAAAGCCUCGGAGAACACGAUGGUUUUCCAGGUCCCAGCGUGGGCCACCAUGGUUGCUAAAGACGAGGUCCUGAAGCUCAGGUCUACUCUCGUGUCGGAUCUUCACAAUAAUCUGAAGGCCGAGAUAAAGCAGGAAUUCAGCCAGAACAUGGAGAAGGUUGGGAAGGGCAUGAUCGAUGAGUGA